AUGUUUAUGUGCAAAGGUCGAUGUGUUUAUCAUGGUCCACCUAAAGAUGUUGUUCCAUACUUUGCUACACAAGGAUAUCAAUGUGAACAAUAUGACAAUCCAGCUGAUUAUGCAUUAGAUGUUUUAAUUGAUAUUAGUCGAAAGCCAGAUACAUUGAUAAAAUUAAAUAAUAUAUACAAUACUACAAAUGCAAAUGUAUUGGCACUUCGUUAUACACAAGAAAGUUUAACCAGUACUGAGAAUAUUGAGCAAGAACGACGAGAAUAUAAGGUAGAAGCAGCUCGUUCCAUCAGAGCAGAAAUAUUUUAUUUAUCACAACGAAUACUUCGAAAUGCUGUACGUAAUCCAGCAUUGGCAUUGUCACAAACUCUUGUUUCUAUUGUUCUUGGUUUAUUGGCCGGAUUACUGUUUUACGAUUUGAAGCGAACGGUUGAACCUGGUGUUCAAAAUCGACUUGGUGCAAUUUUUUUCAUUAUAAUGAGCCAGACUUUUAGUAACGUAACAGCAAUCGAACCACUGAUCAGUGAAAGUGUACUUUUCAUUCACGAACGUGUAAGUGGUUACUACAGAAUCUUUACAUUUUUCAUUGCCAAAUUAGUAUGUGACUUAUUACCUAUGCGUGUGAUACCAGCAACUCUAUUUUCUGUUAUCUCCUAUUUUAUGAUUGGUUUCACUCGAACUGGUGGACAAUUCUUUAUUUUUCUAUUAACAGUUUUCAUGACCGGUCUGUUUGGAUCAGCUUUAUGCUUUUUCAUGGCAGCUACUAUACAUGUUUUUGGUAAGAUCACCGGUUUUCUAUAGUUAUGUUAUAAUUGUUGUUAUUGAAAGACGAUCUCUCAGUAUUAUAUGGAAGAUAAAAAUCGCGAUUAAUUAUGCUUUCAUUUACAGAUUGACAGAAAAAAUUUUAUUAAAACUAAUGACUUCCUUGUCAAUGUUGAAGUGUCUAUUGUUUGAGUUCGACUUUUUCAGGAGAUCAGAGAGAUACACAUUAUGAUAAACAAAUGUGUACAUUUUCCUAUGUCUGUUUAUUGUUGUAGCCGUGGCUUUAAUUACUGUUAUUCUCAUUUUUGUUGUUAUGAUGAUGUUUACUGGAUUUCUUGUCAAUUUAUCAAGUGUCUUCUCUUGGCUCUCGUGGAUUCAGUGGAUUAGUGCAUUUCGAUAUGCUUCGAAUAUGCUUACUAUUAGCGAUUUUCAAGGUCUCACAUUCUGUUUGUCAAAUGCAACUAAUAUCUGUCCAUUGACAGGUGAUGAGAUACUUGAUAAGCAAGAACUUGCUCAUGCCAAUUCAUGGGAUUUAUGGAAGAACUUUUUUGCAUUAACAAUCAUGGCUCUAAUGUUUUUUUAUUUCAGCAUAUAUUCAACUUAUCAGAAUGAAGAAAACCAAAUAACUUUGAUGAACUUUAUCGGUAUUGUCAUUGUCAAUGAUAAAUGAUUGGAGACUUCGUUUCUAUUUUUUUUUGUUUAUUGUAUCAAUUUUUAUACUAAAAUUUCCAAUUCUCUUAAUCUUUUUUAUAUCAGCAUAAAUAUUUCAAUUGAAUUUAAUAAUAUUUUUAUGUAUUGCGCAAAAACAUCAGCAUUUUUAGUAAAAUAAAAAGCACGAACAACAUCAGCAUUGUACAGAGAAUAGGGAUGCCGGCUUAGCAUUAGCAUUGCAUUAAUUAAUGCUAAUUUUAAUACUUUUGUAUUAGAAUUAAAAAAUUAAUUUAAUGCUCUGGUAUUAGGGUUAAAAAAAUAAUUUAAUACUUUGGCAUUAGCAUUAAAUUAAAAUUAGUAUUAAAUUAGUAUUACUUAAUGCUGAUGCCUAAGAAAAAAGUAUUAACUAAUGCUAAUUUAAUACUAAUUUUAAUUCAAUGCUAAUGCCAAAGUAUUAAAGUAUUAAAUUAUUUUUUCAACACUAAUACCAGAGCAUUAAGUUAAUUUUUUAAUUUUAAUACAAAGUAUUAGCAUUUUCCUAAUACUAAUGCUAAGCCGGCACCCCUAACAGAGAAACUGGACCAAUAUGAAACAUAUGCGGAGAUUGAUUUCAUUAGUUCUACAAUAAUCACUGAAACCAAAUAUUUAUGUUUUAAUGGCAAAAGUAGAUCAGUUAUGAUAUCUAUACAGAAAAUCAAGCAUGAAUAACUACAAAUUAACUUAAAACAGGGCAAAUUUUAUUUUUUCGAGUCAUGAAAAUUCGACUCAUAACAUAUAUUUUUAGUUAUCGUGGGUGUGGGUGGGAGUGGAUGUGGGUGUGGGUGGGGUGUGGGCGUGAGUGUGGGUGUGGGGUG